AUGCUUCUCGUGUGCCUGCUUUUGUAGGUGGAGCAGUGGGAGGUUUGCUGGGCUGCUGGAUGACGAGUGAACAGUUCAAACCGCUUCCGCAGAUUAUAAUGGAGCUGCCUGCCCAGCAGCAGCAAAAGCUGUGUAAUGAUGUCAUGACAAUCCUUGGCAACUUCAACUGGACAGAUGUGGCUCAGCUUAUUGCUCUGGUCAUGGGGAACGCCACACUGAAACAGCAAGUGGCAGCUGCCAUAGUCAACUAUGUCACACGAGAGCUCAGGGCAGAAGUGCAGUAUGGCGACUGAUUCCAUGCAAGCACAGCUGCAAAAAGACAUCCAUUGGAAUGUAGCCCCCUGGUGGAAUGCAGCAGUAGUGCAUAUGGGCUAUGAGGUAGCAUCAACAAACCCAUUUAAGAUCAUUUUGCUUAUGUGUUUUUUUUUUAGAAUUGUUAAUGAAGUCUUUAAUAAUAAAACUUUAAAAGGUUGUUCUGCA